UUCUUCUUCUCCUCCUCCUUAAUUUUCGUUCUAUGACUUCUAUCCAGAAUCCCCAGUCCCCAAAGUUGAAGCCUUUUUUCAAAUGACGAAACUGUCCCUUUCUGCACUCCUAAUUUACCAAUCUUGUGCUUCACUGUUCUGAGAGCAAUGGAGGCCGGGCGGCUCAUGGACAUUCCCGAACCUCAUACUUAUCCCCGGCGCCACCGCACCCUCUUCUCCUCUUCUCUCGGCGUCAGGUUUCUACCGCCGUACAUAUACCAUCACAUACCUCUUGGCAACGUGUUCAGAUUCUCUCUUUGCACAGCGAAGCAAUGUUCUGGGCAUAGAGCCCCUAUAAAUUCUUUGGAGAGAGGAAAGUCAAAUACUUCUCUUAAAAGAACGUGCAAUAUAGUUUGGACAGUCGAGGCUGAUCUGGAAGCUGGUCAAUUUUUGUACGUCACUGGAGACCUGUCAGCUCUUGGCUCCUGGGAACCAGAGAUUGCUGUACUUAUGUCUCAUACAGAACACACAAACUUAUGGAAGGCUGAACUUGAGAUUGCUGGAGGUGUAAAUUUCAAGUACAACUAUUUCAUAAAGACAGAAGUCUGGUCUUCUUGUGACAUUAUUUGGAGACCUGGACCUGAAUUGUCUUUGUCAGUACCCCUACCUGUCAAGGGUGGAAAACUCGUGGUGAGGGACUCAUGGAUGAGGACUACAAUGUCUCCUAUUCAUCCAUGGGGCUCAUUAAUAGAAGAGACAUAUUUUCCAUUACAACCUCUAUUCUCAGCUCCAGCUAUAGAUGAGGAUGAGAUUAUGAGAUAUCUUAGAAGUGAUAUGUUAGAGUCAAAGCCCAUCUUGAGUGUUCCCAUGCAGAAGGGGAAUUUUGACACUGAUAGUGAACUUACAGCAAAUUCUACACACAAUGGAUUUCUUUCUCAUAGUGACAUAAUAGACCCAUUGUUAAGUGAACUUAGGAAGGAUAGUGCGUACUCCGAUGGUGACCCCACAGUUAAUCCUAGUCAGAGGGUUCCAGAUUCUAAUAGCUUCUUAACCGAAAGAUAUCAACUUGUUGAGGAGCCCUGGUUAGUUGAACCACGCUCUUUCUUUCUUGUGUCCGAGGAUAUGAGGGGGUUUGAUUUUUCAGACAAUGGCAAUGAAGAAGCUGGCAUUACAAAUUUGGACAAUGCAGGGAACUCUUUGACUGAAGAAAGCGAUAGCCUGAUUCCCAAGGAACCUGUCUCUACCAUUAUACUGAUUAAUUCUUCUAUAUGUACUAUGCAAAGGAUAGCUCUACUGGAACAUGGGAAACUGGUUGAGCUACUAUUGGAACCUGUUAAAAGUACUGUGCAGUGUGAUAGCGUUUAUCUAGGGGUGGUUACGAAACUUGUCCCCCAUAUGGGUGGUGCAUUUGUAAAUAUAGGGAAUUCUAGACCAUCUCUAAUGGACAUCAAACACAACAGAGAGCCUUUCAUAUUCCCUCCAUUCCGAAGGACAAAAAAGACAGAGGCCAACAGCCCUACUUUUGAAGAGCACAUGACUUCUGAUGAAAAUGAACGCAUGUCACUUGAUUUCGAAGUGACUGAUGACAUCAUGGAAAUUAGCUCUCAGGAUGAUUUUGUAAAAUCUAUGCACAGUGACGAUGAGGAGCAUGAGAUUGAGGAUGCAUUUGAUCUUUCUUAUGAUAAGGAACACAUGAACGGUAGUACACUUGAUUACGGCAAAGGAGAAGCUGAUUAUCCUGAAGGUGAAACUAGUGAUAUUCCUGUUGCCAUAAAUGGUUCUAGCAAUUCCCAAAUGUCUCACCCCCAAAAUAAGAAGAAUGGUGCAAAUACUGUCACUCAUGAAAAUAAGUGGGUCCAAGUUCAGAAGGGCACUAAAGUUGUUGUACAAGUUGUCAAAGAGGGGUUAGGCUCAAAAGGACCUACACUGACUGCUUAUCCAAAACUAAAGAGCAGAUUCUGGAUAUUGAUAACUCGUUGUGAUAGAAUUGGAAUCUCCAAGAAAAUCAGUGGUGUUGAGCGUACGCGAUUGAAAGUCAUUGCAAAGACUCUGCAGCCUCCAGGUUUUGGUCUGACUGUAAGGACUGUUGCUGCUGGUCAUUCUUUAGAGGAACUGCAAAAAGACCUGGAAGGUUUGGUUUCAACUUGGAAAAAUAUCAUGGAGCAUGCAAAAUCCACUGCUCUUGCUGCAGAUGAAGGUGUUGAAGGAGCUGUUCCUGUUAUUCUGCAUCGUGCAAUGGGUCAGACACUCUCCGUUGUGCAGGAUUAUUUUAACGAGACGGUUGAAAAAAUGGUAGUUGACUCUCCAAGGACAUAUCAUGAGGUUACCAAUUACCUUCAAGAGAUUGCCCCUGAUCUUUGUGAUCGAGUUGAGCUAUUUAGUAAAAGAAUCCCUCUUUUUGAUGAAUUUAACAUUGAAGAAGAGAUCAACAAUAUGCUCAGUAAAAGGGUUCCACUUGCUAAUGGAGGUUCUUUAGUGAUUGAGCAAACUGAGGCAUUAGUAUCUGUUGAUGUGAAUGGGGGUCAUGGAAUGUUUGGUAAAGGAACCUCACAGGAGAAAGCUAUUUUGGAAGUCAACCUUGCAGCUGCUAAACAGAUUGCAAGGGAGUUACGACUGAGAGAUAUUGGGGGCAUAAUCGUGGUCGAUUUCAUUGAUAUGGCUGAUGAAUCAAAUAAGAGAUUGGUCUACGAAGAAGUUAGGAAGGCUGUUGAGAGAGACAGAUCGAUGGUUAAAGUCUCUGAACUGUCUAGGCAUGGACUCAUGGAAAUAACAAGAAAGAGAGUACGACCUAGUGUGACAUUUAUGAUCAGUGAACCAUGUUCUUGUUGUCAUGCCACUGGAAGAGUAGAAGCCUUAGAGACCUCGUUCUCCAAAAUUGAACAAGAAAUUUCUCGAUUGCUGGCAAUGAGGGAACAGAAACCAGACCCGGAGAAGCCAAAAUCUUGGCCAAAGUUCAUUCUGAGAGUUGACCAUCACAUGUGUGAUUACCUGACUUCUGGGAAAAGGACCAGGCUUGCAUUGUUGAGUAGCUCCCUCAAAGCUUGGAUUCUAUUAAAGGUUGCUAGAGGUUUCACUAGGGGUUCGUUUGAGGUGAAACCAUUUACAGAUGAAAAGGCACACAAAGAUCUGCAGCAAGUCACCCUUUCAAUGAUUCGGCCUACAGAAGCCAGGAGAACUAACAAUUCUGGGAAGCGGGUGACCUUAAUUCCGGUGAAGAAAUGGAAGAGUGGAGGGAAGUGAUAGCUCCAGGUUGAUCUGUUUUUGUUGUGAAUACAGAUAGACAAGAACGACAUUUUUUUUAAUGUUCUUUAAGAUUAUCAUAUCAUAGGGAGGAUGUAGAGAAAAAGGGAAGCCGUAAUUUUGUUCAAUUUAGUGCUAUUGACCUGAUAUUGGGUCAAUUGACUCAAUUCAUUCACCCAAUUGCACCGUAGAUCUACUUGGUCCA